GCGCACUCACGCUGUGACGCUCGAACUGUCUGAAGGGUUUCAGUCUGUGCGCGUGUUGUUGACGGUCAGACAGACUAGAGGGUGAGAGAGACAGCGGACCAGGAGCGAUCAUCCUGAGGCAACACACCAGACCAUUAAUUCUGUCAGCAUCAUGCACGCAGGAAGGAUUUGCAACCUUUAACAGUGAGGAAAGAAGGACCAACUCAAAGGUGUUUGAAGAACAGCUGAAUAUUUUCCACCCGAGAAAGACCAAUCAUCUGUGUACAGACAUGGCCAGCCCUCAGACGAGUCUGAAAACCCCUUUCAAAGACCUGACGUCAUUCAAAGGCAACAUGAAGCGGCUGUACAGGGAGCGACUAGAAGAUGCACCCAUUAAGAAGCGGGUAAUGGCGGAGAUGCACCUGAAACGACGCAGCUUGGAAAGCGUCCCUAAACCUCUUAAGGUCAAGAAGGAGCGCGAGGAACACGUCAGCUCAGAAAUGGACAUCGAGGACAGAGAAUUCCACGUCGUCGGAGCUUCCAAGGCUUUAGAUCUGAGCGCCGGCCUCAAGCACACUCUGGCACAGUUCACGCUGAGCAGCCAGAGCUCCCUGGGAGGUCCUGCUGCCUUCUCAGCAAAAUCUGCGCAGGAGUGCGCUUCUCCUGCUGGCAUGGCUCCCCUACCGUCUCCCCCAGUCCUCGGAGGCGGCCCGCUCUUGGUUCCCUGCGACAGCUCCACCGAGCUCACCCAUUCUCUGCUCGAAGGAGAGUCCAUCUCCUGCUUUGUUGUAGGUGGUGAGAAGCGUCUUUGUCUGCCACAGGUACUCAAUUCGGUCCUGCGAGAUUUCUCUCUGCAGCAGAUUAACGCUGUCUGUGACGAACUUUACGUUUACUGUUCCCGAUGCGAUGCCGAGCAGCUGCACAUCCUUAAGGUGUUGGGAAUCCUUCCUUUCAAUGCACCUUCCUGUGGCCUGAUCACUUUAACUGAUGCCCAGCGCCUCUGCAACGCCCUGUUACGCCCGGGAGCUGCCCUCUCGGCCGACCCCAACAGCAAACUCCCAGGCCAAGGCCUGCUGAAGGAGAGCGAGGCCAGUUUCCAGGUCGAGCACCAGUGUCUGGGCAAGUGCCAAGGCCUGUUCGUGCCCCAAUUCUACGUCCAGCCGGACGCUCCUUGUAUUCAGUGCAUGGAAUGCCAGCUGCUGUUUUCCCCACAGAACUUUGUAAUGCACUCACACAAGUCCCCCGACAAGAGGACCUGCCACUGGGGCUUCGAUUCGGCCAAGUGGCCAUGCUACCUGCAGCUGGGCCGCAAGCACGAGGGCACGCCGGAGGAGCCCCAACUCAAACAGCUGCUGGAUGAGAUGAAGGAGAAGUUUCACUACCAGCUAAAGAGGCCUCUGGACAAAAAGGUGGUGGAUGACGAUAGUCACGGGAGGAAGUCCAGUCCUGCACCCUGCCCACCUAACAGCAAGCUGUCUGAUAGCGCCCUGGAGAAAAAGGUACAGUCUAAGGGCAACUUGCAGUCUUCGCUGGUGUUCAGUCGACUGUUUCCUGACAUCAAAGAGGAACCAGGACACGGGCCUAUCAUCCACCCAAGUUACUACCUGUACACGUAUGAUAAGAUGGUGGCCCCUAAUGUGUCCCUUCGGAAGGAGGGGGAGGUGAGCCAUGAGGUUCUAGGGGCCCUGCUCAAGCAACACUACAGCAGGAGAACGCUGACCCACGACAGCCAGCCCAGCACAGAUCUUCCCGCAUCUCCUUCCUCCAUUGCAGAGGAGGCCAAAUCCCACCACGCGGGGGAAGCGAACGAGCGCCGCCGACCUCCUCCGUCAGUCGCCAUGGAGACUAGCCCGGGCGGCAAGCAGCACGCCCCCAUUCCCACGGAGGCCAAAGACAGCGGAGUGGAGGACGACAAGGACAGGAUCAUGCUGGAGAUUGUGCAGAUGUACCGGCGGCAGCAAGAAAAGCUGAAUUCCACCCUUCAGAAACAGCUGCAGCUGGAGAUGGAGCUGGAGGCAGUGCGCGGGGGCGAGGCAGCCAGGCUGAGGGAGUUGUCUGCGGAGCAGCUGGAGCUGCAGAACGAGCUGGAGGCGGUGCACACUGAGCAUGCUCAGAGACUGGGGGAGGUGCGGCAGGAGCAGAGACAGCUGGAACACCGACUGGAGCAGCUCAGACAGCAGAGCUGCGCCUGCCAACCUAAAGAGCAGGAGGCGCAGUACAACGCACAGCUGUGCGAGCUUCGCUGCCGUUUGGAGCGCGCCGAGGCGGAGCGGCAGGAACUGCAGGAGGAGCUCUGCAGAGAACGAGAGGCCAGAGAGAAGCUAGAGCUCAUGAUCUCGCAGCUUCAGCAGCAGAUGGCUCAGUCUGGCACCAAGGGGAGCCGCAGCAGUAGCCCGGCCCAGCCCCCGACCCCUUCCGCAAGCCCUCAAUCCCAGCAUUCCCUUUCCUCACCGGCCCCUGAGGUAACCUCCAGAUAAACUCCUCCUCGCUCACUUCCCCCCACACUUCCACGCCGGUAGCCCAGGAACACGCUCGCCCACUCCCUGCAGAGUCACAAACACAAGACAACCUCUGCAGAAAAAGAGCAGCUCUCCCAUUCCCUGUGUCGCACCACCACAAAAAAAAAAGACUGUUUGUGUUUAAUUUAAAAAGACUUUUCGACCAGUCGUUAAGCGUUUUUUGGAUGUACAUGUUUGUUUUAAUUUAUAGUCGUGCUCUGGAGGUAUUUCCUUGUAGGACUUGUUGCCUCCUGCGGCGUUGGGAAAGCGCUCGAGUGCUUUUCUGGUGGAUACAGGAAACACACUCACUAAAAUACUAUCCUGUGACACGGAGCCCCAGGAUGCCAAACGGCGAGACGCCAAUGCCCUCCAGCAGCGAGGAAACUGUGGAUGUUUACUUUUUAUUUUCAUUCUGUCUGUUUCCUGAAAAAAAAUGGGAGAAUGUUUUUGUUAAUAUCACAAAAAUGAUCAGUAAAAUAUAAUUCUAUAGCAUCUUUAAGUCAUAUUUAAUACAAGCGAUUCAGAAACAGAUGGGGGCCCCCUGGUUUAAGACCGUAAUCCUCCCCCUCUUCGUUUUCUUUCCCUGCCUGCUGUUUGUCUUUUCAGUCUGGUGUUGAUUAUAUGUUUCCUGUCUGCACUGCUGACCCUUUGCAGGCUGGUAUAUGACAAACAGCUCGUGAUGCAGUAAGCAAAGACUCACAUUCGCCCCCUGCUGGAGAACACUAUGAAAUUCAUCCCCCAUUUAAUAAGAUAGUUCACCCAAAAAAGAAAAUUAUGUCAUUAAUUGCUCACCCUCAUCACUGUAAAGUUGUUUCAACUUAAAAUACUUUACCUCACUGACUUAAAAUUUUUAGUUUAGUCAACUGAAAUAUGCCAGUUGUCACUUAAAUAGUCAUUAAGUAACUUAAAAUUUCAGGUUGGCUAAACUAAAAAUUUUAAGUUAGCGGGGUAACAGGUUAUUUUAAGUUGAAACAACUUUUUUUUUUUUUUUUUACAGGGAUGUUGUUCCAAACCUGUAAGACCUUUAUUCAUCUUCAGAGCACAAAUUAAGAUAUUUCAUGAAAUCUGAAAGCUUUCUGACUCUACCACAUUCAUGUGACAUCAGUGGUUUAACCAAAAUUUUAUGAAGCUAUGAGAAUACUUUUUGUGCACAAAAAAAACAAAAACGACAACUUUAUAUAAUAAAAUAACCACUGAUGUCACAUGGACUAUUUCGUAGAUAUUCUUGAUACUUGCUGUCAUUGGAAAGUCAGAAAGCUUUCGGAUUUCAUUAAAAAGAUCUUAAUUUGUGUACUGAAGACGAAUGAAAGUCUUACAGGUUUGGAACGACAUGAGGGUGAGUAAUUAAUGACACAGUUUUCAUUUUUGACCUCAGAAAUUGCAAAAUCAACAUCCUGUUUUUAAACAAAGCACACAGCAGAUGUUACAUUUGUCAUUUUCUUUUAGUAGUGCAAUUAAAGGUAAACUAAGCAUUGAAGUAUAUCACAAUUUUGUUUUAUUCUAUAGUUUCUGAAUGCUGGAUUCCAGGUUAAAUGAUUUGGCUAUCGCAAUGCCCCCCUUAUUCAUUCCUCGUGUCAUUAUUCUGGAUGACUGAACAAACAGGUCUGACAGAGAGAAGAAAAACAGACAGGGGGCCAAGGGAGGGACGUAAAGGAAUUAAUGCUGUCACGUAAGCUCCCAGUCACCGAGGGUCGAAGAGGCACGCUUUGUCUCUGCAGAAUGGGGCAGCUGCCUCGGAUGCCCUCUCAUACCCUCUCGACCGUUAGAUGGAUGACGAAAGAUGGACACAGGAAGUCUUUCACGAUGUACAUAUCUCGCAUAGAACAUUCCACUGUGCACAACUCAAAGUCAGCCAAGCCGCAGCAGUUUUCUAAACCUGAUAAUGUGUACAGUGCAAAAAAACGUAAAGAAACACCCUGACUUAUGUGAAUACAUCCAGCUAUGAAGAAGCGAAAAACUAUAUUGUAAAUGAGUGCUUUGCCAUUUUUGGACUUUUUUCUUGAAAUUAUUCAGAAAUUAUUUAAUGUAUUAACUAAUAAAGAUUUAUAUACACUUUGUACAUACGGUAGUCAUUAAUAUAUUAACUAAAAUCUUAUAAAUAAUCUUUCAAGGUUUCUGAUCACAAGUUGUUCUUUUAGGUUUUUCCUAAUUUCUGUUUUUUUUUUUUUGCCUGAAGAGUGGGUGUUGAUAAAGUGUGUGAGGUGGUGUAGGGAUGCAUGAUGCUCACAACCCCUACACCCCAUUUAAUGGGGAACGGGGACGGCGACAGACCUGUCCAGUGCCUCGGUGUUUCCCAAUCAGUGGGUCAUUUCGUCCAUUUCAUUGGAGCCCACUGAGAUUGACAACCUGUUGUUAUUUUGGAUUUUGGUGGUGUUUAGCUUUUCCUCUUCCCCUUUAUAUAUAUAAACACGUAUAAAUAUAUUUAAAAAUUACAAAUUUAAAAUUCUUAGAAGGGAGUGAAAUAAUGCAUGUAUUGUUAGCUACUAUAUUGUUAUGCUAAAACAAAGAUUAAUUGCUGAAAUACAGAAAUAAUUUCUCUCACACAUACAAAAGUUCCUCCAUAUUGUCUGAGAAGAGUAGUCUUUAUGUAAACGAGCACAAAAUGUGCUCAAGAGCCUAAUAUAGAUGCUAGAAACUUUUGAUAUGAGAGACUGUGUCAGUGACAAAUGAAAAGAGCGAUGUGUUUCUUUUUUUUUUUUUU